AUGUCUUCCAACAUGGAUGAAAAAACCAGCAAAGAUGUCGGGGUUGAGCACGGCAACAGCUCCGAGGACCGAAUCCAAACGGCGGCAAUCAUGGGCGACGACACGCUGCGACAGGCUGCCGCCCGAGGCCAACUUGCGACAGACGCAUAUGGCAACCCCGUCAUGCAGUUCGACCCCAAGGCCGUCAGGAAGUUGCGGUUGAAGAUGGACCUGUACUUGGUGCCGACUGUCGCGCUCCUGUACCUGUUCUGCUUCAUUGAUCGGGCAAAUAUUGGUAACGCGCGCAUUGCGGGUUUGGAAAAGGAUCUAGGCCUCACCGGAAAUGACUACAACAUCAUCCUCUCCGUCUUUUACAUCUCCUACAUCAUCUUUGAGAUUCCAGCAACGGUGCUGUGCAAGUGGAUGGGCCCAGGCUGGUUCCUGCCCACAACGUCGCUCCUCUUCGGCAUAGUUUCCAUCGCCACUGCUUUUGUGCAGGACCGAGCAGCCAUUUGCGGCGUCCGCUUCCUGCUGGGCAUCUUUGAGGCCGGUAUGCUUCCCGGCAUUGCAUACUACCUGUCGCGUUGGUAUCAACGCGCCGAGCUCGCGUUCCGAUUGUCGCUAUACAUGGUCAUGGCCCCCCUGGCUGGUGCAUUCGGUGGACUUUUGGCCAGCGCCAUCCUCACGCUUGACCAUUUCGCUGGCCUCCACAAUUGGCGCAUGAUCUUUGCCAUCGAGGGCAUCGUCACCAUAAUCCUGUCCAUCAUCUCCUUCUUCACCCUCACCGACCGACCGGAGACGGCACGCUGGAUGACCGAAGAGGAAAGGAUACUGUGCGAGGCACGAGUCAAGUCGGAGCGCGUCGGCCAGACUGAAGUUCUCGACAAGAUUGAUACCAAGAAGUUGAUGCGUGGCAUGACGAACCCGGUGACGAUCCAGAUCGCCAUCAUCUUCCUGUGCAACAACGUCACCGUCCAGGGUCUUGCGUUUUUCCUGCCCACCAUCGUGUCGUCAAUCUACCCGACCUUUUCCACUGUGCAGAAGCAGCUCUACAGCGUGCCGCCCUACGUCGUCGGUGCCUUUUUCACAAUAGCUUUCCCCAGCUUGAGUUGGUACCUCGAUCGCAGGCAGUUCCUGAUCGCGCUGAGCGCUCCCAUGGUCAUGACGGGCUACAUCAUGUUCUUGGCCAGCAAGGUUGCGACGGUCCGGUACGCGGCGACUUUCUUGAUUGCCAGCUCGGCAAUGGUCUUGGGUCCCAUGUCGAAUGCACACAUUAGUGCCAACGUUGUCAGUGAUACUGCAAGGAGCAGUGCCAUUGGUCUCAACGUCAUGUUUGGCAACGUCGGCGGCCUCAUCUCCACCUGGAGCUUCCUACCCUGGGACGGGCCCGACUACAAGAUUGGCAACGGUCUCAACCUUGCCACUUCGUCGUUGAUCCUGAUUGUGUCCCUGACUGCCCUGUUGUGGAUGAAGUGGGACAACAAGCGACGCGAUAAACUUGACGUCGACAAGGAGCUCUCGGGACUCAGCCAGCAAGAGAUUGAGGAUCUCGAUUGGAAGCACCCCAGCUUCAGAUGGCGUCCAUGA